UAAAUUGAUUUAAUCAAUCCUGAUUCACUUUCAGUCUCAUUCAUCCUCCCAGUGAAGUGCAACUCUUUUUUCUUGGAUCAAUUUUCUUCAUCAGAACAAUAUGUCUGCAGCAUCAAUUCUCGUGCUUCUUCUGCCUCAACUCUGUGCUGGAAUAUCUGUUUCUGUGUCCGGAGGACCAUCCAGCAGUUCCAGAAGCCCCGGAGGAGGCCAACGAGCACCUCCUCCAAAUUACACUGACACUAGGAGCUACAGCUAUGCAGCCACAGAUUUCUCAACAGCCAAUGGCACUCACAUCAAAACCAUCACAGUCAUCAAGAAUCUCGAAGCUGUCCCAGAAACUGAGCUACCACGGCCAAUUCAUGAGGAUUCUCCCGAUAUCAAAUGGCCAAAGAAUCGACAACAAGAUUUCAAGUCUGGCGGUCAACUUCCCGAAUACGUUCCCUUCAAUUUAGCCCCCAGGGCUGUUUCUGUCUCCAGUAGAACCCCACAGAGAAGGACUAUUCUCUCUGCCACUUCUUCAGACAUCUUCAAAGUCAACAAUUUGCAGAAUCCCAAAAUAUCGCAAGAAUUCAUUCAAUUCCCUUCUUCUACUGCAAGUGUCAAGCUCUUCUUCAAUGAAUCCCCACAGCCUUUUCUCUUGAAAGUCAAAUCCCCAUCAGAAACCACGAAAAAGCCCUCAUCCCGGGGGAAGCAGAAAGUAUUCUUGGAGGAUUUCUCUAUCCCUUCUCGGUCAACUGAAAAACCACUACCCUCUCGAGCUAAGGAAGUAGUGGAGGUUACAAUUUCUAGCACUUAUUCCCCUGAAUCUACAGAGACUGAGGCAGCUUCAGUGUCUCCGGAAACUACCUCAGAGUCCGGAUACACAGCUCCCAGAGUUCGGGAAUUUGUCGUGGGUGGAAUGCGAAGGCUCUAGAUUCAUCUAUCUGCAACUUUUUGGCAAAAUACCUACAAAAUUUCUAGGUUUCCUUCCCAAAAGUUCACCUUUCCGGAAAGAGAUGACACAGAAAGCCCACUUUUUGAGGUUAUGUCAACUCCCACCCCAGAAAACCCCAUCAAAAUCCUACAAAUCCCCUACAAAACCAUAUAAAUAGCUACAUUAAAUGAUAAUCAACUGAAA